ACUCAACGCCCUUCUCAGUGGAGUGGAAGGGAGCUUACACUUGCCGUGGAGCUGAGCGAGCUGCCUGUUGCAUACCAUGUCUGCGUUUUACCGGAUUGUCCUCCUGCUCUCAGUGGCCGUGGCCACCGUGGCCGCUGUGGCCUCUGUGGCAGCACACGGGUCCCAGCGGGAGAGGAGAGGCUUGCUGGAUCUCGCAGGGGCAAUCAAGUGCAACACGGGCAGAUUUGCCUUGAGUUAUAUGAUGUACGGAUGCUACUGUGGAGUGGGUGGUCAGGGCUGGCCCAAAGACAAGACGGACUGGUGUUGCUUUAAGCAUGACUGUUGUUACGGCGACGCAGAAAAACAUGGCUGCGAAACCAAAACGAAAAGUUACCAUUGGACUUGUGAGGACAAUGCAGCUGAGUGUGAUGAUUUGGACGACAUAUGUGAGGAGCGGGUGUGCGAGUGUGACAGAGACUUUGCCAAAUGCCUGAAAAGGGCUAAAUACACUUUAAAGUACGCCUUUUGGCCAGAUAUGUUUUGCAAAGAGCAAAAGCCGACGUGCAAUAUUUUACAGCGAUAACAUCUGCAUGUGCCUUUUUUUGUCAAUACAAGAUGAAACGGCGAGAGGAAUGAACAAACGCUCUUUAAGACUGAUGUAAUAUUCCACUGAGGAGAACAUUGUUUUAAUAAAAAGGACAUUUAGAGCGGGACACGUGAUUUCGGAAAACCCUACACGACACCCCCCUCCCCCGAAAAGUGACGAGGAACUACAGCUGCGGUUGACUCACAUAAUGAAAAGGUAACUUUAGCGUUUCUCCGCCGAAGUGUGGGAAAGAUCAGAUAACUGCUCCUCACAACACUCCACUGUUAUGUAUUGACUCUGACUGUGCUCUGGACAUUUUGCCACAUUCACCAAAGUCAUAAAAUGUAUAUUUGUUAACUGAUAUUUUUC